AUGGCUUCCAUUGGCUUUGCCGAGCCCAGCCUUCUCGACCUUGUCCCAACUCUUGUCGGCGAGUCCAAUUUCUCUACGUGGACGACUUCACUCAAGUGGACCCUCGACUCGCGUGACCUUCGAUACUACGAACUUCUCACCGGCGUGUGGACCGAACCCAGUCCAGUUGACCCCACACAACCUACUCCCAGCGAAGUCGAGGCUCGUACCCAGUGGGAUACCGCCAGUCGCUACCUUCUUCCUCUACUCAACGCCACCGUCCACCACACGGUCAAGUUCUACAUCCUCAAUGCGAAUAAUGCACGUACUGCAUAUGCCAGCCUACAACGCGCCUUCGCAGCCCGGUCCUAUGAAGCUGGCUUCACAAAUUUUAUCAAGUUUAUCAACACCACAUACACCUCAAACAAGCCUCAGGCUUUUGUCAACGAGUGGCGUAUUGCCCUCGGCGAGCUCCAAGAAUGUAGCUCGACAAAACUCACACCUCUUCUCAUCUUUUACCAUUUCCUAAAUGCCGUCAGUGCCAACCCGGCCGCACACUCGUGGCUCGACGGUUUCCUCAAUUCAAAAGUCUCCACUGAUACAACUAUCGAAUCAACCUUCGCGGACUUUGUCGUUUCCGAGGAUCGUCGCCUCAACGCUCUCAAUCAAGCUCACACAUUCAGCAUGGUAAAAUUUCAGAACCAUCUGCCUUUUUUUUGUCAGUUUCACAAGCGUCAAGCCGGUCAUUCCUCUGAGCACUGCUUCAGGAACCCGGCUAACCACUCCCAAGGCCCUUUGGAUAAACCGGCUGCGCCUCCCGCUCAACGUACAGUCACUGAGGAGCCGGCUCCCAAAUAG